GGUAAGUGUCAAAAUGUCCCUCUGCGAUGUUUUCUCAUCUCUCUAGUAAAACAUUAACAGAAUAUUAUUUCUAAUCCACAGCUGAAGGAAUCCCUGAAAUGUCCUUCUUUUCUCCUUUAGUCUGAUAGUACGACGUGGGAUUUUGCAGCUACAGCCACCAUUUUGCGUGUAAAACAUCUGAGGAAGUUGGGGUCAGAGCGCAGGGGCAGCUAUGAUACAGCGCCCCUGGAGCAGAGAGUGUUAAGGGCCUUGCUCAAUUGCCCCACAGUGGAGCUUGAACCCAGAUCCUCCGAUCAACCACCCAGAGCCUUAACCGCUUGAGGGAUCAGGAUGAACUACAUUAUGAAACUUCCUGUUGUAGCGGCUGCAAUAUUUGUAGCUGUUCCAUACAGCCUCUCACUUACUGCCCAGUGGUUGCGUGGAUGGCCUGAUAAACCCGGCUACAAGAAGUAUAUAGAGGCUCUCAGACCCAGGAGAAUAUACGGUGUGACGAAGGCGCUGCUGGAAAUGAUGAAGUAUCUGAGGUACAGCAGGUUGUAUUUUCAGUGGAAACUCUGGUACAAGAAAAGCAAUAAUAAGCAAUGUGUGAAAGGCAUUCCCUUUGGUCACAGAGGCAACAAAUUAGACUUGUAUCAUUCUCCAAGACUGGAGCAAUCAGACACAGAGCUCAUCCCAGUAGUAGUGUUUGUCUAUGGAGGAGCCUGGGGCUCAGGAGAGAGAUCCAUGUACUGUCUGCUUGCUCUACAAUUGGCUAAAGAGCUUAAUGCUUCAGUGAUUUGCCCAGAUUAUUCCACAUAUCCAAGGGGGAAUGUUUUAAAUAUGGUCCAGGACAUAAGCGACAGUCUGAUGUGGGUGAGAGAGAAUGGACAUUCCUUCCAUCUCGACAAAGAUAACAUAGUGUUAAUAGGCCACUCAGCUGGAGCUCAUCUGUGUGCACUGACCACGCUGUUUCUGCUGGAAGGUGUGGGGUCGCUGUUCAUCGAGCCGCUCACUCAGAAAGAAAUGGUGAACUCGAUUAAAGGCAUCAUAGGUUUGAGUGGCGUGUACGAUAUAAUGGAGCAUUAUGAACACGAGAAGACGCGAGCUGUUGAAUACAUCUCCGCUAUGCACAGAGCCAUGGACGGUAUCCAGAACUUUGAGCACUACUCACCUACAGCUCAUAUCAGGAAGCUAAACAAGGAUCAGUUAAAAAGAGUUCCUCCAGUAGGGUUAAUCCACGGCACUGAUGACGUCAUCGUUCCAGUGGAGUCGUCGGUGCGACUGUGUGAGCUCCUCACUUCGCUCUCGGUCACUGCCACCCUGUACCUCCUGCCCAAUAUCAAUCACACUGAGGUGGUCACAGAUCUCAUGGCACCAGACAGACGCUUUCAUCACACAGUGUUUGGCUGUGUCAAACAGGAAUACCGCAAAUUUAUUACCACAUCGUAAUUUAUGGCUUUUUAUAUCACCAUGCUCCUUUUGCUCUAUGGAAUAAACCCAAGGAAUUUCAUACAGAUUAAGAAUUAUAAUAUAUAUCAUAAUAAUACAUAGAAUUUGUUCUAAUGUAUAUCAGGAAUGUUUUAAUCUGGAUGGAAUAUUGGACAAAAAUAUAUUAGUUUCUUAUCUGAUGAAAUGUAUUUUGCUCUCAGUGGACAUUAUUAAACCAAAAUG